GUUUACACGCUCUUGGUGAUCCCUCUACCUACCUAUCUACGGAUGGGUCUAUAUUUGUAAACACGAGAGCAACGGGUAAGAUGGAUGUAUACGAGUCGCGGAAGAAGGAUUGGGAGGAUUUGGAAGUGUCGCGCGAGGAAUUGGACAACAUAACCGAGUGCCUGAAGAAGGAGGAAUUCCGCAAAUUGCUAAUCGAGUACGCGGAGGAGGUGUCCGAUCCGGAUAACAAGAGGAUCUACGAGAGGGAGAUCGCGCAGCUCGAGAAGGAACGAGGCGUUGAUGUGACGUUUGUCAACCCCGAGCCCGGUUACGUCAUAAAGACCAGCGUGAACGGUGACAGGAAGUGUUUCCUCAACAUCAGCAAGAACACGGUCGUCGGUCGGCCCACCAGUCAGCCCUCCUACGAGCAAGGCCACCGCGGUCUGCAGUGGUCCAUUCCGUAUACGUUGAUACCGCCACGCGAUGACUUCGACAAGAAAAACGUGCGAUGCACGGUAUUCGACGUGGUUUUUCACCCGGAUACCAUUUACCUGGCGUCCAAAAAUGCCCGAUUCCGCGAGAUCGUCAAUAACACAGCGAUGGAUGGUGUGGAAAAUAACUUUAAGGUGAAAUUGGACAGGAAGAAUCUCAAGUUUCCCAAGAUCAGCUUCAAAGGAAUAACUCAUCCCACAGUGAUCAGGAAACCAUCGAAGGAGCCGCCAAAGGAGCCGCUGGAUAUAGAGCCAGAAAUCUAUCAGAAGCUAAUGUCAAGCUACGACGAAAGUCGCGAGAGUCAGUUAAAAGGGAGAGAGGAAAAAGCGCAGCGUGCUCCACCAGUUACUACUUAUUACAAGAACAAGCAGAGUGAAUCCAUGGAUGAGAAAUAUGUUAUUCCUAAAUUUUCUGUAAAGCAUCAGUUUGAUGUAGAAAUGGAAGAUUUUGUUUUAAGUAAAGAUGCAAAGAUGUAUGCUACAAUUCCAAAAAAAUUUGUGCUUACUAUUGAUCUGCCUUUAUUGAAAAGUGCUAGUGACUCGACACUCGAUAUACAUGAACAGUCUCUUACCUUGAAAAGUGAGAAGCCUGCAAAGUAUCUGCUGGAACUUCCGUUACCGUAUCCUGUAGAUGGAGAUAAUGGAAAUGCUAAAUUUGAUGCAAAGUAUAAGAAAUUAAUUGUGACUUUACCAGUCAUUCGACCCUCGAUAACAACAAUGGAUAGCAUAGAUAGGCCAGACAGCGGAGUUGAUAGUGAUCAGAGUAGUCCUGUACCGAUAGCAUCUAAAGAUGAUGAAAACGAUUUACCUAAAAUAGAGUUAGUGAAGGAAUAUGAAAACCUGUCUAAAAAUUUAGAAUUUGAAGAAACGAGUGAUAUAGAUAAAAGUGAAGAUACUGCGUUACGGACAUGUAAUGUGACAGAAAUUAUCGAUGCAUUUAUGAAUCCUAAUAUUAAAUACAAUUUUCCUCCAUACUCUUGUAAUAUUUACAAUAAUCAGUUAGCUGUUACGAUAAAUGUAAAAAAUGUCAAUCCUGAUGAAAUAUGUCACAAAAUUUUAGAUAAUAACGCAGGGAUACAUAUCUUAUUGACAUCUAUAGGUGCUGGUUUUUUUGCACAAUAUUAUUCAUUAUGUCUUAAGAUAGAAGAUGGUUGUAUUGAACCAGAAACACUUUCAAUUGAACCAUGGGACAAUAAUGUCGUGUUUAGCAUAACGGUGCGGAAUAUUGAGAAUGUAACACAAUAUUUUGUUGGUGUGGACAUGGAAUUUAUGGAAGCAAAGGAUCUCCCUACUACAGCUUCAUUUACAAACAAGUUCAAGGAAUUAAUGGCUUGUACGGAUGAUGAACAGAUGGAGAGACAAUUUUCUGUACAGCCGGAAGGUGAUAGCAUUGUUAUAGAUAUUCGUUCAAAUCAGCAGGAUUCUGAUGAUGACGAAGAGCAGGAAAACGUAAAAAUGAUAAAACAACAGCAAAAGAAAAUGCAUACAAUCGAAAAAGCUAGAUCAGUCUCGGAAAGCAGCGGAGAUGAAUUGGCAAGUAGUAAUAGUAGUGUGAGAUCCUCGAAAGGGAUAUUAAAGUCACGUCGUAUCCGUGAUUUCUCGCGUUCCAUGUCCGAGUCAAGUGCCGACGAAAAUAGCCUUCCUGCAUCGUGCACGGAUUAUCAUUAUGAUUUCACACACGAUGUUAAUUCUGAAUCGGAUUGUUCCAGUUUAAAAAAGACUGUACGAUUUAAUGACGUAGUAUCACGACAAUUAUACAGGUCCAAUUCAAGUAUUCUUGGACAGAGAAAGAAGAAUCAACGUAAAUUGCGAAAUAAGAAACGCGCGCAUGAUCGUCGAAUGAGCGAAAGUGAGAAUUCUGAAACCGAAGAACGAGACAAAUACAAAACACAUUACAAACGUUCGCCAAACGAAGAAACUUCGGAAAUUGUGAAACCUAUACUUGCUCGAGACAAACAGUCUCAACAACAAAGAACCGCUAAUAUCGAAAUUGCGAAAUCAAAAACGGAUGAUAAACAUUCUUUGCAUCAGCGUAGUAAAUCUAAUUUCGAGGAAAAAUUUACCGAAGAUGUUCAAGUCGAUGCUUCAAAUAAUGCCACGAAGGAUGCAGUUCAAUUGGAAUUUAAAAAUGAUUUAAUAUUUGACCUCGAUAUGUAGAUUUAGAUAUAAUACGAGAUUAAUUAUGCAUAAUUGUGAUUACAUAUAUAAAGCUAGUAGUUUCAGGAUUAGUAUUAAAAUUGCUUAGAUGGGGGAAUAAUUUUCUAGUAUUAGAGAAGAUUAAAUAAUUAAGAAAAUAGGAUGAAUCAAAAUUGUUAAUAUAUC